GGAAAAAGAGCCCUCUUGGCCCGCUGAUACAUGCGCCAACGCACACAGACAAUAUCACACUCCCCCUUGCCGCAAGCAGCGCUCCAGCCCUCCUGCGUUGUAUUUAGGCUCUCCAGCAAGCGCCCUAGUUCUGCAUCUUCUGCAUUUGGACUCACUCAAGUAAACCUCUUUGUGCACGCACCGCCGCGCUCUUGAUACCGGCACCACUACGCGUUUAAAGAGUCCAUCCCGCUCAACCUUAGGUGCGCUCCGCAUCUAGACACCAACGUUGCCGAUUUGAGCUUCGGAAUCGGGAACUGCACUAGAACGUCCACUCUACGUAUCUAGAGACAUUCUCCCCUUCCCCCCUCGUUCUCUCGCACACGAAAUGGCGUCCGCCAUCACUCUCGUGGCGUCCAACGCUGCCGCAGCCAGCGCCUGCCUGCCGCCCGCGGCGCAGCUCUCCUGGGCGCUCUUCUGUGCGAUCCAGAAAUACGCCGCGCCCGCAAUGAACGCCGCCGCGAUGGCAACUAUCGAGAAGAAAUCCCCGCCGUCGUCUCCCGCGGCGGCCGAGGCGCCCAACAGCAUCUUCGAUCCCGCGCCGCUCACAUUCUCCCCGCUCCCCGUGCGCGCCUCGUCGUCGUCAGCGGUGGAACUCGGGCGCGCGGUGCUCGCGACCGCGGGAAUUGUGCUCCUCCCUGGCGCGGGAUCGCCGCGGACCCUCCCCAGCCUUGCGGGGUCGUUCAAGCAGUGCUCCAUGCGCCCUCCGCGCGUCGUCCUCCCCUCCGCCGCGCGCCCGCCGCUUCCGCCGCCCACUCUGGCGGGAUACGGGGGAGCGGCGCUGGAGCUCACGAGCGCCAUCACCAGCCCGCACGAGGACAGCAGUCCGCGCUUCCCGCCCGCCGCGCUCUCCCCGCGCACGCUCGGCCCCGCCGUGAGCCACGGAUUCCGCCCGUCGCGUCGCGACAGCUUGGCGAAAAAGUUUCAAGAUUUCAAUUCGCGCAGUCACCACGCUCGCGCCGGCCUCACGAAUCGUACGUGAUAGCGGGCGGCUCGGGUGAAGCAUUCGCCCACCCGCUCGCUUAGAAGGGUGCGCAGCGCAGCCACACGACGCGACGCGACGGACGGUGAAUAAAGUGCCAUGUUCUUCUACUUCUCGGUAUUCGGCGCUUCUACUCAUGCUCCUAGUACUACUACUGGGUUCCAGCUUCGGUUAUGUUUCCGUUUCCAUCUUCGAUUUCCGGAUUGGGCUUCUCCGCCUCUCCUCUCACCAUCGACGGGUAGCCUCCCCAUCUCCCGCCAUGUCGUCCCCGCCGCGGCCUUUCGCUCGGAGCUCGCGUCUCCCUCGAAGCAGUGGAUCCUCCUCGUCCUGUCCUCCCUCCUUUCCUUCUUUCCUCUCUGCCCGGCGUUCCUCCUCCCGUUUCCUCCCUCGGGCCACGUUUAAAGCCCAGCCAGCCGCCAGUGCGAGCGGAAUCUGUACAGCGCCCCUCGGCUUGCCGGGCUUCAAGCCGCUCGGAGAUUAUCGCGCCUUUCGUAGCGGCGAUGACGUGGACCCAUCACCGACCCCCGGAAAUGCUGCACCGACAGCAGCAGCAGCAUCAUCGUCGUCAUCAUCAGUCGCAGCAGCAGCGGCAGUACCAGCAGCAGCUUCUGCUCGACGACGACUCUGUACAAGUGCCCGCGAGGGGUGUAUUAUGUUCGUGCGAGAUUGGACUACGCAAUUCGCCAUACGGCUUCAGUUUCGGCCUGGAUUUUGUACAUAAAACGGUGCAAGGAGCGAGCAACGGUGGAAUUGCGCGGCUGCGCCUACGGUGGAGCAGGGCGUUUCACGGAGCAGUAGCGGAGGUGUUAAUAAUGAGACUCGCCGUGAACGCGAAGGGAAGCGUCAUCAUGGUGGAUGGAUACGUGCGAGGACAUACGGUGCAGUUGCCGCGCAAAUGGCGGACAGUACAGUGCGCAUGUCAUGGUCUCGCCCCAUUGGGCAUGAAGUGCAAGUGUUCCCUGUUCUCCAAUCAAGACUCGCCACGUCAGCAGAGCAAUCCCUGUUCCAAUUCGCGCAUCCGGGACGCCUCCUAAGAACGCCAUAAAGACCGGUCCAAUCCCUUCUUUUAUGUGCCAAACCGUUCGCUUGAAUAAUAAUCUGUCGGCGGAGACGGCUUUGAACGUUAGGGCCAGCUAGGAUGCGAUGUGAGUUAUCCAUCUAGCGGCUAGCGGUUUAGCGACACGUGUACCUAUGUUUCUUUCUGUACAUCCUCGUUUCUGUUUCUCGCAGAAGCUACUAUCAAUAAAACUUGUUAUAUUGU